AGAAACCCAAACAGUUCAAGACUGACCGAGAGGAAAAGCAUCGCGCCCAAAAGCUUGAAGCCAUGAGCUGGGCAGUAGAGGAGUGGAAGGAUGGACUUCCAGGGAAAGCCUUGCAGAAGAUCCAGGAGAUGGAGGCCCAGUUGGACAAACUCAAAAAAGAGAGGUCGCAAAAACAGUUUCAACUGGACUCCUUAGAAGCUGUCCUACAAAAACAGAAACAAAAGGUGGACAGUGAACGUACAGAGAUCUCUGCUUUGAAAAGAGAGAACCAGUCCUUAGUAGAGUCAUGCGAUUCGCUGGAGAAGUCACGCCAAAAGGUCACCCAUGACCUCGGAGUCAAAGAACAGCAGGUGAGCUACCUUGAGGGUCAGCUCAAUUCCUGCAGGAAGACAAUAGAACGGCUGGAGCAGGAGCUCAAGAAAUACAAAAAUGAGCUGGAUCGGUCUGGCUCUUCCUCCUUAUCUUCCUCCUCGACUGAGCUGCAGCCUUUCGCUACGCCUCAGAAGAGUUUUGCUACACCAGCACCUGUCCAGGUCUACCGACAGCAGGAUAGCCGACUAGAGGAGCUUCAGGAGAAAUACAACCAUGAAGUGGAAGAGAGAAAAAGGCUGGAAACUGAACUGAAAGUCUUGCAGGUCAAAUCAUCAGUGAAUGUUAGCCACAAGGACAUUGCAGCCCGCCAAGCUGGGUCUUCCAUAUUCCCAUGGCAACAGCAGGAUCAGGCCCACACCCGCCAUUCUCAGGAUGUGAUGGAAACACCUCUGAAGAGACGAGGGACCUCCCUGUGGGAUUCCCAUGAGGAGACACCAAUCAAACCCAGCCUGCGGACGAGCUCUUCCAGAACAGUCCAGAGCCCCAAGCUGCGUGGCCGAGUGUCAGAGCUCGAGAGGAAUCUGUCCAAUCAGGAGAAGGAAAUUCGUACUCAAGCUUCCAAAUUGCAGGAGAUACAAUCUCAGCUGAACCAGGCCCGCAAAGACCUGGCUGAGCGGGACAGAGACCUGUCUAAAGCCUGCAAUGAGCUGAGUCAGACCACAGACAAGCACCAGCAGCUUCAGGCCAAAUGCUCAUCAGUGGAGCAGAAGCUGAAACAAGUGACUGAGGAGAUGAACUGUCAGAGGCACAACGCAGAAAGCUGCAAACGGGCCCUGGAGCAGAAGCUCAAAGACCAAGAGAAAAGCAGUCAGAAGGAGCUCGCCCAGCUUCAGAGUUCCCACCAGUCUCUGGAUCAGCAGCUUAACCAGACCAAAACAAAGCUUACACAAGAAAUCCAACAGUCCAAAAAAGAUUACAAUGUACUGCAAGCUGACCUGGAGAAGAUGCGCUUCCAGAAGACUCAGAUGGAGAGAGAGGUGGAUGAGCUGAAGCAGAAAAUGCUGCGGUCAGAACAAAGCCUGCAGGCCAGCCAGACUAAAGAGCAGGACCUCCGUAAAAAAAUGGAGGAAUUGCAGAAAGAGAAGAAUAGCACAACUGUCCAGCUGGACCAGAGCAGCAGGCGUCUGUCCCAGCUGGAAGAAGAGAGGAAAAGCUCAGAACAAAGCCUCAAGCGGACCCAAGGUCUUCUGGAUGAUAUCAGAGCUAAAUCAGAGGGGCAGGCAGAGGAGCUGAAGAGACUUCAGUGUAAACUGGAGCAGCAGACUCAAGCUGCAGCACGGGAGCUGGAAAACCUUAAGAAAGCACUGUCGGAUGCAGAGACCGGAAAUGACAAAUCUCAGAAUGACCUCCAGAAACAGAAACAAGAGACAGAGAAGCUCCACAACCGGUUGACAGUCGUUGAAAAGGAGAGCCAAGAUUUGAAAUCCAGCCUUAUCGACAGCCAGAACGAAUGUAAGACACUGACACAGGAACAUCAAGCUCUACUGGAGUGGAGAAAGGAAAAGGAGACUCUGAUAAAUGAAACUGAAUCCGUGCAAAAGGAGUUCACUGACAAAAUCCUCAGCUUGGAAAGCAGCGUCCACUCGCUGAAUGAGGCCAGUGACGAACUCAAGAACAAGCUCCUGCUCGUUGAGGGAGACAAGGCCAGUCUGUCUGCUCAUGUUGACUCUUUGAAGGGUGAACUUCUGAUCAAGAGCACAGAGCUUGAAGAGAAAGAGCAUCUGCACAAGCAGCUGCAGUGUCAAUUCUCAGAGGCUGGACAAAAGCACGCCAAAGACCUGGAGAAUGUCGGAGUGCAAGUGGCGCAACUUGAAUCACAGGUCAAAGAGCUAGAAGCACAGUUGCAAAAGGAAAUCAGUCGAGCAGAACUUGCCGAGAAGAUGAACACGGAGCUUCAGAGUGAGCAGCAAGCAGCUUGUGACCUGCUGCGCUCCAAAGACCAGCUGGUAGAGCUGGGUCAGACUGAGAUCAGCCAGCUGAGGGAGAGCCUGGCACAGGCCACUGCACAGCAAGAGGAGCAAAAUGCCAGGUUUAUAGAGGAAAAGGCAGAUUUGCUGAAGCAGUGUGAGGAGACAGUUUUCAAAAAGGCUGAAGAGGUCGAGCACAGCAAACUGCUGGUGGAGGAGGCCCAGCAAGAGCUGGUACUAUGCAAAAACAAGCUUAAUUCUGUGGAGCAGUUCUUGAAGGUUCAGGAGCAGCUGGGAGCUCAGCUGCAGAGGGAAGUUGAGAAAAUGUCAGAUAGUGAAGAAGAACUGAAAAAGGAGCUCCAAGGAAAAUCAGAAGAACUGGAGCAACUGAAGAAGGAGGUGAAGGAUCAGCGGGACCAGACUGAGAUGAAGGAGAAGGAUCUCAGAGAAGCUGAGGCUCAGAUGGAGUCUUUGGUGAAGCAAAAGUCUGAGCUGGACAACAUGGUUCAGGAGAUGAAGAAAGAAGCUGAGAUCCUACAGCACAGUCAGGCUAUGAGGACAAACACCCUGAUGGAGCAGAUUUUUUCAUUGGAACAGAGGGUAGCCGCAAACCAAAAUGCAGCAGAAGAGCUUCCAGUCCUGAAAAGUAAACUGGAAAGUUCAACUCAAUCCCUCGCUGACCUUAACAAGUCCCUAGAAGAUCAUGAGAUGAGCCUCUCCUCUGCUAAUGAAAUGAAAGCCAAACUGGAGAGCACUCUAGCUGAGAAAAUGACUCUGAUCUCUGCUCUGGAGAAGGAGAUCAUUGAUCUAACAGAGAAGAUGAGUAAAGAGUCACAGAGUCACACUUUGGAGAUUGAAAAUGUAAUCAAUAAAGAGAAGAGCCUAAAAGAGCAGCUCAAAAGCUCUCAGAAAUCAUUAGCUGCUGCCAAGAUGGAAGCAAGCUCUCGUCGGGAGGAGAUCAAAACCAUGAAGAUGACCAUCUCAGCUGCUUCUCGUGGAUUGGAAGAGAGAGACAACACUAUUAAGAGUCUGAAGGAGAGGCUGAAUAAAGCAGAGGCAGAGUGGGCCAAAAGCUCAGAUCUCCUGAAGGAGAAGACUGUUGCCAUGAACAAAAUCAAGGUGCAACUGGAGAUGUUGCAGAUGGACCUAGAGGACAACGAAACAGUGAUGAACUCUGUGGAGGAGCUUAGGGGAACUAUAGCAUUAUUAGAGGCCCAGCUUGCUCACAACCAAACCCACAUUUCAGACAUGGAGGCCAGACUGGAGGACAGCAAAGCCCAGGUCUCAGUUUUGGAAACUCGCCUGGACGAGGUCCAAUCCCAGAACUCUCUGCUGGAGACAAAGUUUGUCACGGCCAAAGAGGAGCUAUUUGAGAGGAGCUCUGAGAUAACUCGGCUGGAGGAGAACGCUGCCCGGCGGCAGGAGCUCGAAGAAAGCGUUGCUGCAUUGGAGUCUAAACUCAGUCACAUAACAGAAGAAAAUGUUCAGUUGGAGGCAAAGCUCAAGCAGCUUAUUCAGGAAAAAAACAAUCUUAAUUUGUUACUUCAUGAGAAAAACAACCUUGAGGUAACUGUGAAGCAGUUGGUGGAAGACAGAGAGCAUUUUGAGAAAGACAUUUUCCAAGUGAUAGAAGAAAAGAAACAGCUGGAAGAGAGUGUAGACAAACUAUCUGAAGAAGUUAAGCAGCUACAGACCAAGACUGAGCAGCUGUCAGUGGAGAAGCUGGAAACGGAGGCCACGAUUGAUGCGAUGGCUCUCGAGAAAGUCGAAGCUGAAUCAACUCUGAAUCACCUCAUGGAAGAGAAAGCCCAGCAAGAUGUUACACUGAGUCUGUUGAAUGAGGAAAAGGUCCAACUCGAGGAUAAGCUAAUGUCAAUAACCUCUGAGAAAAGUGACUUGGCUACUACACUGAAUCACUUGGUGGAGGAAAAGAUUCAACUUGAAUCUAAGUGCACUCAGUUGUCUGAAGAAAACAUCAAGCUACAGUCCAGUGUGAACACAGUGUCCGAAGACAAGCGGCAGGUACAAGCAAGUAUAGAGAGGCUCCAGGAGGAGAUGGCUUCUCUCAAACAGGAGAAGGAGUGCAUCCUGAGCUCCCUGCUGUCCCAGGAAAAAGAGUGCCAGGGUCUGAAGGAGCUGCUGGACGUGAGGGAUGACAGGACUGAAGAGCAGGACAAACAGAGGAGUGAGCGGUUUGAGGCCGAACAGGCCGAACUUCACCAGAGACUCGCCGCCUUACAGGGAGAGCUGGCCGUCUUCAAGCAGCAGUACGAGUCACUGCUGGCUCAGGUGGGCCAGCAGCACAGCCUCAUACAGCAGCUCUCAGAGCCACAGCAAACCCAGAGCCCAGCAGAACAGAGCAGCCACAGUUCUGAGAUGUCCCCAGAUGAGGCUGCGGGCCAGGAAAGUGCUGAGGCAGCAGCUGAUGCAGGUUGCGGUGACAGUACAGAGAUCCGUCCAUCAAACCAGCAGCUUGCAGCGGCCGGACCGAGUGGUCUUCCACAGCAGACUCACGAGGCCUUCAGCAAUGCAGAGGUCUUUGUGGAGGAUGUCUCCGAGCAACAGAUGGUUCACGAUGAGCUGCAGGGAGAGAGCGAGGAGGCAGAUGUGAAGCAAAUGAGGAGCUGUGAGGAGGACCAAGAACUUCAUCAACAGGCUUCAAAGAGCAUUUCGAAAUCUUGUGGAACAGAGUCAUCAGAGUUGCAGGAUGACCUCAGCCAUUAUAGGGAAAUGCUCUCUAAACAAGAGCAUGAACUUCUGACUCUGCACUCAGAGCAUGACCUGCUGACUUCUGACCUCAAACUGAGGAAAGAGUUGACCUCCGAACUGCAGGACCAAGUCAAACACCUGGAGAAGAGAGCAGAUGCUGCAGAGGAAAAGGCGUGUGCUGCAGCACAGCAGCUGAGCAUGGCCUUAGAGGGAAAGAAAAGCCUCUCUCAGGAGUUGACUCAGCUGUCAGAAGAAAACGAGACCUUAACUCUGCAGCUGCAAACGGCUAAAUGUCAGCUGACUGAUGUAAUGGAGAUGCUGGAAGGACUCGAGAUGGCUAAAGGUGGAUGGGAUGAAAAGUUUCUUCAGCAGGAGAGUGAGCUGAAGAGGGUUCGCUCUGAAAAAGCAAACCUGGAGCAGCACAUCCUGGGAAUGGAGUCUGAGUUGGAGACCAUGCAGGUCCAGAGCACCAGACUUAAUGAUGAGCUGGACACUCAGAAGAGGACAUGUUCAGGGAUGGAAGUACAGAUAGAAACUUUGAUGACAGAAGCGACCCAGCUCAGAUCGGAACUCGUGUCCUGCACUGAAGAGCGAGAUGAGUUGAGCCAGUCUUUGGGCCAGUGCAGAGAGAGAGCUCAUGGUUUGGAGAAGACCAACUGUGACACCAGGAACUUGAUAUCUAUCCUGGAGGACGACAUCAGAGCUGGAAGGAAGGAAUAUGAGGCCCUGCAAAGCAGCAUGGAGAAAGUGAAGGCUGAGAGGGAACAGCUGUUGGAGCAGAUUAAGGUGCUGGAACAGGCAGUUUCACAGCAAUGUGGGGAGAGGGAAGAACUCCUUGGUCAUCUUAACCAAAUAAAAGAAGACUGCACAUCUGCCGAUCAAAACUCUGAAUCCAUGGUCGGCAAGAUACAGGCUUUGGAGGGAGAGGUGGGCCGCCUUUCACAGUGUCUGGAGUCCUCUCUGCUUGAAAAAGGAGAGAUUGCCUCUCGUCUGAAUUCCACUCAAGACGAAGUCCAGCAGAUGAGGACCGGCAUAGAAAAGCUUCAGGUCAGGAUUGAGUCAGAUGAGAGGAAGAAAAAGAAGAUGGGGGAGCUGCUCAGAGCUGCCCAGAGAAAGUCGGACUCGCUGCAGGAUCACAUUGAGGCUCUAGAACGAGAGAAGGAGGAUUUAGAGCAAAGCCUGGAGGAAUCUGUGCUGCAGGCUGAAGUAGCCCAAGCUGAGCUGGAGGAGGAGAGGAGAAAGGUGGAAGAGGAGAAGAAGGAGCUCAGUGAGCAACUGUCUGAGCUCUCUGUGACGUUGGACAACCUGAGAAAUGAGAAGGCGCACAUGGAAAGAGAGCUGGAGACAAAGAACAGGGAGUUGGAGGAACUAAAGGCUGCUAAGGAUGAGCUGGAGAGGGGUUUGGAGAAGGCAGAGGCAGAUAGAAAAGAAGAAGAGGAAAGACAGAAACUCAGGGUUGAGGAGCUGGAGAAAGGAAUGAGAGAGGAAGCUGAAAAACAACUUAGGCAAGUAGAUGACCUCCAGACACAGCUAGAAGCCUCUCAGCAGAGCAAGAAUUCACUCCAGCAGAAACUCACAGAGACUGAGGAAGAAAAAGAGAAGGUGCAGUUGUCUUUGGUGGAGCUGGAGAAGGAGAAACAGUGUCUUCUGAGUUCUUUGCAGGAGUGGCGGACGGAUGAGGAAAAGCUCCGCUCUCAGGAACAGGAGUGGGAGACAGAAAGAAACAACCUAGGGAUCCAAUUAAAUGAGCUAAAAACACUCAUCAUAGUUAAAGAAGAAGAGAUACACAGUCUGGAAAAAGAGAGGGAGGUGGGGGCGGAUGAGAGACGAGCUGCUGCAGAAUCAAUCUCAUCUCUCAUGGCAGAAAAAGAACAGUUAGAAGGAAAAAACAGACAACUGGCAGAGGAAAUGGAGAGGCUGAACUCAGGUCUGCUGUCAUCAGAAGAAGUGACAAACAACCUGCGCUGCACGCUAAAAUCCAUUGAAGAAGAGAAAAACAGACUCAUUCAAGACAAAAGCGUCCUGACAGACGAGAAAGCUGAGAUUCAGUCGCGCCUCUCCUCCAUGGAAAAGCAGACUCAUGACUUGCAGCAGACUCUUACUUCACUAAAAGAUGAGAAGGAGAAAGCGGAGCAGGAAAAACUGAAGUUACAGGCUGAAAUGAUUUUGAACGAGGAGGAGAAGGAGAAGCUGUCGUCUGCUCUGUCUUUGGUGGAACAGGAGAAGCAACAAGCUGAAGGAGAGAGAGAUAAGCUCACAGAAGCAAAAGAGGGUCUUCAGAGGGAAGUUGCCUCCAUGGAGAGGGAGAUGGAGACACACAAGCUGACGGUCUCACAGCUCUCUGAAAAGGUGUCUGCGUUAACAUCUAAUGCAGCUCGUGUGACCAAAGAAAGAGACUCUGCCCUGAGCAAGAUGAACCUCUGGAUGAAAACCUGCAAACAGCUGGAGCAGGAAAAGCAAAUGAUGCUUCACAGCUCAGGAGAAGGAAGAAGUGGAGAGGAGGUGGUGGCAGAGGGGGCCCAGCCCAGGGCAGAGGACAGACAGAGAGAGGUGGAGGAGCUGAAGACCUCCCUGGAGAGGAAGAGGAAUGAGGCUGAGGAAAAGAGCAAGGAGGUGACGGAGCUCACAGUCACCCUCGACCGAAAGCAAAGGGAACUGGAGGAGAAUGACAGAGAGCUGGAGGAGACCAAGAGAGAGCUGGACGAGCUGAGCCAACUCCUUGAGGAGAAAAGCAAAGAGGCAGAUGAGUGCAUGGACAAAUACUGCGGCUUGAUGAUUAAAGUCCACAAACUUGAGGAGACCAAUGAUGCGCUGAAAACCAGAUUGGAGCAGAUCUCUAACCAAAACACCACCGACAGCCGCCGGCGCUCAGAAAGGAGGAAGUCCUCCAAACCCCAGGAAGCAAAAGGCCGCGGCGACGCCGAGAACACGGCCCCCUCCGCCCAGAGGUCCCCACAGCGCCCCUCCCCGGGGAAACGAGGCCAUCGGGACGUCAGCGACAAAGACAGCGCUCAGGAGGCCCUGCACAACCUGACGAAGAAGCUGAAAGCCAACGCCAUGAACACGCCCAAAGCUGUAGCUGGGCCGGAGGAUGAGGAGUUCAGACCAGAGGGACUUCCUGAGCUGGUGCAGAAAGGGUUUGCUGAUAUUCCUCUGGGGGAGGCCAGUCCCUUCAUCAUAAGAAGAACCACCACGCGGCGCUACAGUCCCCGACUGGCUGGCAGGCACACGCUACCGGAUGCCAAGGUUUUGGGGCCCAUUCCUCUCCAGAGUCCUUCUCCCGGCGUGCCAGCAGACAGCUCUGGCAGCACGUGUCUGUCCCCCAGCUGCGAGGAGAGAGCGUCUCACCGCCGGCUGACAGAACCAGACAGGAAGCAACCUCCGAGAGAAGAAACGCACCAAGGAGACAACUGUCACGUCCAGUAAAUCACAUAAACACAGCACAUACACACAAAACAUUAGCUCUCUAUUCCACUAAGGUGACACCUAAAAUGUGCAC